GGAGGUGAGAACGAGGCUUGGAACACGGAAGUCUGGGGCUCCAACAUGCUGGGACUGGACGGAAGGAAGUGCCUGCAGGCAACACUGGCAUUCUAAUGCAGCCAGUCUAACAGAACUGAUAAAAGCUUCAAGACCAGCUCAGCCCCGUCUUGUGCCGGGAAAUCUGAGACACCCCCUGGAUUAUCUGUGACUUUCACUUUCGUUUCUCUCUUCUGCUGGCAACGAUGGCGUCUGCCGAUCUGAGACAGGAGUUGGACUGUUCCAUCUGUCUGAACAUUUAUACAGAUCCUGUAAACCUGAGAUGUGGACACAACUUCUGCCGGGUCUGUAUUGAUUGUGUGUUGGAUACACAGGAGAGAUCUGGAGGUUAUUCCUGCCCUGAGUGCAGAGAAGAGUUCCGGGAUCGGCCUGUACUGCACAGGAACAUAACACUACGUAACAUAGUGGAGGCUUUCCGAUCUACUCAACCAGAUCAGGAGACUGGAAUCUUCUGUACUUACUGUAUUCACUCUCUUGUACCUGCUGUUAAAUCUUGUCUGAUGUGUGAAGCUUCUUUAUGUAAUGAUCACCUGAGAGUCCACAGCAAGUCACCAGAACAUGUCCUAACUGAUCCCACCACUUCCAUGGAGAACAGAAAAUGCUCCAUCCAUAAGAAGAUCCUGGAGUAUUACUGCACUGAGGACUCUGCCUGUAUCUGUGUGUCCUGCAGGCUGGACGGAGAACACCGGGGACACAAGGUGGAGACUCUGGAUGAGGCCUCUGAGAAGAAGAUACAGAAACUGAGAAAUGUUCUGCAAAAGCUGAUCACAAAUAAAGAGGAAACUGAGAGAAGAGUCCAGAGUCUGCAGGAACGCAAGAGAAAGGUGGUAGAAAAGGCAGCUGGCAUCACAGAGGAGGUCUUGGCCCUGUUUGGAGACUUUAGAAGGCAGCUGGAAGACCUGGAGAGCAAAGUUCUGAGUGAGAUCUACAGGCAGGAAGAGCGGCUCUCCCUCUCAUUGUGUGAUCUGAUCCAUCAGCUGGAAAUAAAGGAGGAGGAUCUGUCCAGGAAGAUGGAGGACAUUGAGGAGCUGUGUAACAUGACUGACCCACUGACUGUCCUGCAGGAAUCAGACACAGGGGACUUGUGUGAUACUGAGGAGGGAGAUAAUGAGGACAGAGAGAGACAUGAUAGACUCCUCCAUGAUGGAGGGGAUCUGGAUGUGGCUAAGAUCUCACACACAUUACACACAGGGUUAUCUGAUAUGAUAAAAGGGGUACAUGUAUCUUUUAAUAUACAAGAAGACAUAUUACUGGAUGUGAACACAGCUCAUAAUAAUCUACAGAUAUCAGAUGACAUGAAAACUGCAUCCAGGUCAGAUAUAAAGCAGAAUCGUCCGGAAACACCGGAGAGAUUUCAGGAUUAUUUUCAGGUGUUAAGCAGUCAGAGGUUCUCCUCGGGACAACGCUGCUGGGAAGUGGAUGUCAGACAAUCAAAGCGCUGGGCAGUUGGGAUGUGCUAUCCCAGUAUAGAGAGGAGAGGAGAACCGUCAGUUAUGGAAUUUAAUAACAAGACCUGGAGUUUCCGCAGCAUAAAUGAUCAAUGUUCAGCAAUGCAUAACAGAAAAGAGACCCGAUUAACUGGUAAAAUCUCCAGUAACAGAGUCAGGAUCUAUGUGGAUUAUGAGGCCGGGCAGAUCUCCUUUUAUGAUCUGUGUGACCCGAUCAGACACCUCCACACCUUCACCGCCACCUUCACUGAGCCCCUCCAUGCUGCAUUAGCUGUAGGGGAAGGUUGUAUAACAAUAUAUGGGGAGAAUUAGGAGAUGUAGGAAACACUCCUAUUGCAGGACAUGUGAUCAGAGUCUAUGGGCCGGAUUCAGAUACAUUGGUGUAUCUUUCCGGGCGGCGUAACGUAUCUCAGAUACGCUACGCCGA